AUGGCGAUGACGCUGGCGGUGCGGCGCCGUGCGGUGUGCGCCCUGGCGCUCCUCGCGCUGCUCUGCGGCUGCUGCUGCGCCCCCUCCGUAUGGGCGGGAACUGCGGCGAAGAAGGAGGUGAAUGUGCCGGUGGAGGUGUCCUGCGCGGGCAGUGACAACAAGUUACGUUGGCGCUUCCCUGGCAAGAGUGAGUGGACGCAGUGUGCAGCCGCAGUGGGAGCGCACGACUACACACUUGCUGGGGAGGAUUCUGCCGCAGAGGACGUAGAAGUGAUUACUCUGGACGUGUCUCAGUACGGAGCAGGCGACGACGGUGUCGGUGAGUCCCUCUGCCUCUUCGCCGAAUCGCGGUACGUGGCCGCGAAAUGUAACGCGAGCUGCGGCGCGGCCAAAGCCCAGGAAGAUGGGCAGACCGCGUUCACGAUGAACUUCCCGACGCAUGCCGGAAGCGGAGUGCACAAGAAGUGGGUGGCAGCAAAUAAUCCAGCCGCCGGCAGUCCGUCUCCUUCUGCUCCCGCAGCAACCGGGGCCGCACUUGGCAAGCCAGGCGUUUGCCCGUUAACAAUCCCCGCGGGAGACCCAGCUGGAAAGGCUGGCGGUGCGCCUAAAGGCACCGCGGCACCGCCUGCUGCGGGAGAGCAACCACCAACAUCGCCGGAGGCGCCUGCAGCCCCGCCAGCAGGCACGGCGGAGAGCGGGGCACGAGCAUCCGGAGAGAGAGACGCAUCCCCGACCCCUCCACGUCCUUCCGGCACGCCCAGUUCCGCCGCCCCUUCCGCUGGCGGCACCGACGUAAGCACCGCCGCCACAACAACAACGACCACCAGCGGUCCCAGCGCUGCGAAGCACGCAAAAAGUCACGCGGACGGCAGUGGCACCAUCGCCGCUGUGUGGGAGCGAGCCCCGCUGCUGCUGAUCACGACUGUCCUUGCUUGUGCUGCUGCGUAG